GAACUGACAAAGCGUUCAGUGAGAUUAAUUUUGUUCCCGAUAUUAACCGUAAAUACGGCCUUACGCAAGCACGGAUGGACGUAAUCGUGGGUUGAGAGCAUUGAGUGUAUAUAAGUUAGACAGGACCUUCUAGCAAGAUACCAUCACCACAGUAGUCAUGACCAGGGCUGGAUUUUUCCAGCAGCUCUCUGCUCUUUUGAAGAGAAACCUGCUGUUAAAACGAAGGAAUAAAAACCAAACUUUCCAGGAAAUUUUCUACCCCAUCUUCUUCGUCCUUAUCCUUGGGUUGAUUCGUUUGCUGCUUGCGCCGGAACAAAUGCCAGGAAUUCCAGACAUUCCCGCCGAAAACCUCAACCAGUCGUCAUUUGAACCAUUCCAAGGGAAAACUCUCCUCGUGUACCCGGAUACUCAAGAUACGAGAACUAUUAUCGAAGAUCUAAUCAAAAGUAUUCCCAUGGAUUAUAUUAUGUUUGAUAAUCAGACAGAAAUGGUGGAGACGUAUCGAAUGAAUCAUACUGUCAUCGCGGGAGGAAUCGAGUUCGAUUCCAUAGAUAAUUCUUCGGCAUCUGUCAGUUAUUCCAUCAGGGAGCCGUAUGAGACAUUGGCGAACUCUGAAAGCAUUUAUGUAGAUAAUGGCGAGUGUCGUGGCAAUGAUGAGAGGAAAGGCAGUGCCUUCAAACCUGGCUGCCCUGCCAAGACCUAUCUCUACUCUGGCUUUGCUGUCCUGCAAGCUGUACUCGAUGCUGCUAUCAUCAAGUUCAAGAGCGGCGCAAACUUCACCCAGCCAGAUCUCCAGGUCCAGAUGUUUCCAAAGCUCCCUUUCACACCGAGUAUCAUCCUCAUACAGACUCUGAGCGCCAUCUACUUCGUAGUGGCCUACUCACCGUUCGUCAAUUUCCUCGUCGUGAACCUUGUGGCAGAAAAAGAGUCGAAGAUACGCGAGAUGAUGAAGAUUGUUGGUCUCCGAGAUUCUGUCUAUUGGUCAUCGUGGAGUUUAGUCUACCUGGUGAUCAUGAUGGUCGUGACGGGCGUCUGUGUCCUCCUCGCCCACUUCCUACAGUUAUUCACAAACAGUAACCUCUUCCUCUUGUACCUGAUUCUCCUCUUCUAUGGACUCACCAUCAUCAACCUGGGCUUUGUCUUGUCACCAUUCUUCAAGAAGGCUACGACUGCUGGAGCGGUGGCAAGUUUGGCGACAGCUGUUUUCAGCUUGUUAUACUUACCGAUAAGUUUAACCAGGUCAGUCGGAGCGGAUGGUCUCCCCACCUCAACCAUCCCAGAAGCAGGACAGUGGGCUCUGUGCCUCCUGUCACCGACAGCGUUGGCCCUCUGUAUUGAUCAGGCCAUCUUCCUCGACAUCGCCAACAAGGGCAUGACAUUUGACACACUGACCUUAGGGCAGUUUCCGCUGUACGCCCCUCUAACCAUGCUCUUCGUAGACUUCCUUCUCUACGGCCUCCUGGCUGUCUACUUCGAUAAAGUUGUUCCUGGUGAAUAUGGCCCUCGACAACCGCCCUGGUUCUUCUUAAUGCCAUCCUACUGGUGCCCGAGGAAACACAGCAUCAGCCCAGAAGAUUCUUCUUCUGCUUUCGGAAGUUCAGGAAACUUGGUUAAACGGGAGGAGAAUUCCAUAGCACCACCAGGGGACCGGCGCAAUAUAGUUGAAGAAGUUCCACCCGAAUUAGUCGGCAAAGAAACGUUGCGGUUGUUUGGUAUCACGAAAAGUUUCCUGAAGGGAGAGGAAACAGUGACAGCUGUCAAAGAUAUGAGUCUUGACAUCUACAAUGGUCAAAUUACUUGUCUCCUUGGUCACAAUGGUGCGGGGAAGACCACCCUGAUCAACAUGCUGACAGGCUUAAUCGACCCCUCAGGCGGGACAGCGACAAUCGCAGGCUACGAUGUCUGCAAUCCGAACGACAUGGAUGAGAUUCGCAGCAUGACCGGUGUAUGUCCUCAGGCAAACUGCCUCUUUGAUGACCUCACUCCGAGGGAGCAUCUGACUGUGUAUGCUAAGAUCAAGGGGCUGGCCGGGAGCUCUGUGGAGUCUGAGGUUGAGAAAUCGUUGAGAGAUGUGGAUAUGUUGGACAAGGGCGAUUCUCUGGCAAAGACCCUGAGUGGUGGGCAGAAAAGGAAGCUCUCCGUGGCUAUUGCUCUCAUAGGAAAUCCAAGGGUUGUAUUCCUUGAUGAACCCUCGGCUGGCAUGGACCCAUACUCUCGUAGACAGCUCUGGACGUUACUGAAGGCUAAACGUCCAGGCAGAGUGAUCCUAUUGACGACACAUUUCAUGGAUGAAGCAGAUAUCUUGGCUGACCGCAAAGCAUUCAUCAAGAGUGGACGUCUGCAGUGCUGCGGUUCCUCUCUCUUCCUCAAGAACAAAUUUGGUAUUGGCUACCAUCUAGGAAUGGUGAUCGACCCAAAUGCAGAAGUGUCCAUGAUCACAUCUGUGGUGAAGGGGUGUGUGCCAAAUGCUCAAGAAACCAGGAAGCACGGACAGGAGGUUUCCUAUACCCUGCCGAUAGAGGACGUGUCUCUCUUCCCUGAGCUUUUCGCAAAAUUAGAGACAGACAGUGACACAGGAGAGAAGACAUCUCAGUCUCUUGGUAUCCACAGUUACGGUGUUUCCAUGACAACGUUGGAAGAGGUUUUCCUCAGACUUGAAGGCGCUGAUGAUGAUAAUGACGAGGAUGAUGUGAUAGCCGCGGGUGACUCAGUUGACAGUGGCUCAUCACUGCAAGAGGAAGGAACAUCGAAGAGAAGUUACUCCGGUCCAAGAGCGUCAUCAGAUCAGGCUGGAUUAUACAUUGAGCUUCCAACAGAACUAGACGAAAUGGAACCACCCCCGUGUUCUGAAAACCUCUCCUGGCGCAGAUUCAAAGCCGUCUGCAAGAUCCGAGCUCUCCAAACCCUGAGGAACAAAAUGGGAAUGAUCUUCCGCGUGUUUUUCCCGGUGGUGUUAAUCUUCAUCGGGGUGAUCGUGAACAAAAACGUUGGAAUCGGCAAACCAGAUUUCGCAAAUCCUAAGCCACGUUUGAUGACUCCUAUAUUUUAUGCCAAGAUGUCUGUUGGACCGGAUUUGGGGUUACCUAACAUGAUUUAUGAAAUCGACACAGUGGUUCCUGGCAAUGUCACCAAGUUCGUGCAAGGUCUUCAGUACCAGGGGCUGUCUCCAGAGAUGGUUAACGCUUCUGCCAACCUCUCCCUGAUAGCUCCUCAUAAUCUUGGGAUCAAGAUUCAUCAUGUUGACCCAGGAACAGGCCCAAGCAACUUCACUGCUGUCUACAACGACACUGCAGUCCACUCUCUCCCAGUCGCCCUAAACAUCAUCACCAACGCCCUCUACCAGAUGGUGAUGUCAAACCCCCUGGCACACAUCAAUGCCACCAGUCUUCCAUGGCCAGUCGUCUCACCGGGAUAUCAGCUGAAUAACGGCGUCUUUUCGUCUGUGAUAAUGAUUGGUGUUGCCUUGUCGACCCUUCCAUCUGGAUUUGCUUCUGAUAUUGUCAAGGACAGACAGGACAAAGCAAGAAGCCAGCUCCGUAUCUCUGGCAUCACAUGGUCCAUGUACUGGGGAACGAUGUUCUUCACCAGUGUCAUGCUCUACUACCUCAGCGCUGUCUUGGCAAUAAUUGUACUGCUCGCAUUCCAGGUUGAAUCGAUCAUGUACGCCGGAGCGGUCGUCUGCGUACUCAUCCUCUUCCUCUUCUACAUUCCUCUCAUGACUCUGAUCUCGUUCAACCUCUCGUUCAUGUUCGCCAAGUCUGAGACAGCAUUGACUGUUGUGCCGAACAUAUUACUGUUUACGUCAUUCUUGCCCUACAUUGCCGUGGCAACCAUAGAAUCGACCAAUGAAAGCACAGGAAAGUUGCUCCACACAAUUUUCUCCAUCGUGGACCCACCAUACGCCGUCUACGGUGGGCUGUACUAUGUUGACAAGGUCUACCGCUUGGCAAGCUUAGUGGAGGACCAACCGGUCAUUCCGUUUGGGGAUUAUUUCAAGUGGGACAAUAACGUUCUUAUCACGUUGAUCAUGCCUCCCAUCCACCUUAUCUGGGUGUUUUUGCUCCUCUUGGUCCUGGACGUCCGCAGUACAGGCGGGAAAAUCAGCGACAUUCUGCCGUUUAAACAGCCAGAUACUCAACAGUUGGACAACAAUGACAUACCUGGGGACGAGGAUUCUGACGUGACCGAGGAGAGGCGGCGAGUGAAGUCGUUGGAUCAGGAUGGAGAAAAUGCUCCAGUUGUUGUUGUCAAAAACCUCAGAAAAGAGUUUGAGAAAUCUGUCAAGGGUAACAAGUGUUUUGGUCGGGACCAAAACAUCCACGUCGCUGUCCGUAAUACUUCAUUUGCCGUCGGCCCUGGGGAGGUAUUCGGGUUGCUGGGGCCUAAUGGAGCAGGAAAGACUACGACACUAAAUAUGAUAAUAGCGGAGGAAGGGGUGACACGUGGAAAUGUGACUGUUGUCGGCAAUGACGUCCACUCGAGCAUGUCCAGUGCUUUCCAGGAUCUUGGCUACUGUCCCCAACACGACCCGAUAUGGCCGGAGAUCACUUUGGCUGAGCAUAUCGAGUGUUAUGCAGCAAUAAGAGGGGUGCAUCCUCAACUUAUCAAAUCUCUAAAAGAACGAUACAUUUCUGCCUUGGAGAUUGAGGAGCACAAAAACAAGAGAGCCAGGCAGCUGUCUGGGGGAACUAAGAGAAAGUUGAGCUAUAUCAUGAGCCUACUCGGUGAUCCAAAAGUUGUCCUCCUGGACGAACCAUCCACCGGAAUGGAUCCAAAAUCGAAGAGAUUUCUAUGGGACACCAUCAACUCGACAUUCCAGGGAAGUCCGCGUGGGGCGAUCCUCACCACUCAUUAUAUGGAGGAGGCAGAUGCUCUGUGUUCACGGGUGUCAAUCAUGGUCAAUGGACAGAUGAAGUGUAUAGGUUCAACUCAACACCUCAAACUCAAGUAUAGCAGUGGCUAUGUCCUAGAAAUAAAACUUGGUGAAAAAGACGCCGUGAGACUGGAGCAGAUGAAGAAGUCACUCACUGAAUUUGUUGUUGGGAAUUUCCCCCACGCGUCGGUGGCGGAGACAUUUGGGGAUCGUGCGACUUAUAAGAUUCCUGACGAUGAUAUGAAGUCUUUGGCGCAGGCGUUCACUGUGCUGGAGGAGCAAGGUAAACAACUUGUAGGUAUCGAAGACUACACCUUGAGUCACUCAACGCUGGAACAGGUCUUUCUGGAGUUUGCAAGACAUCAGCUGGAGGAGGGUCAGUCUUCAGAGGAUGACCCUCAACCUGAUCUUGCAUCUGUGAUAUCAGUUUAAAGACAUCAGGUAGAGGAGGGGCAGUCUUAAGAAGAUAUCACUCAACCCGGUUUUGCAUCUGUGAUAUCAGUUUAAAGACACCAGAUGAAUGUAAUAACCUGUUAUUUUCAUCUCUGCAAUCACUUUGAAGACAUCAGUUGGGGGAGGGCCAGUCAUCUGGUGAUAUCCCUGAGCGUGGUUGUUUUCCACUGACGUCAGUUUGAAACUUACGUCACCGCUGAUGUAAAUUUUAUACCAGUAAGGUAAUAAUGUGGUAAUUCUUGCUGUUUAACAUAGUAAAAAACUACUGUUAUAUAUUUUCGGGAAUAGACAAUAUUACAUGGACCAUCCAUAAAGUAUGCAUGUAGACAUAAAAAUCCAAAUUUUUUAGAUCUCUUUUGUACCAAAGUGGCCACCAAGUACAUGUUUUUUUAGUGUUUGUCGAAUGAAACAUGCAGUUGCACUAAUGUAUGCAGAUUGCUAUUUAAAAUGUGCAAUAAAUAUUUCAUUAUUUAAGUAAA